AUUAUUAAAUAAGAAUAAGUAUUUACAACGCCAUUUCAUUGAACGUUUAUUUUCUUGUGUAAGAAAAGUGUUAAUUACCUUUAUCCCUUAUAGUGUAGGUGUGUGCGUGGGGAUUAUAAACUGGUUGUGAAAAACCAAUAAAUUUUCUCACGAAGUGUUUGUUGUUUGAUUGUUUAGCCGAGGCGAGUUUUUGUUGAACUUUGAACUUCCUAUUUAGGCGCCAUAUUAAUACCUAACGUCAAAAGCAGUGUUGUUUUUAUGGUAAAUUUACAUUUAAGAAGUUCGAGGUUUAAAUCAAUCUUUAGAUGCUGUAAUAUGAGGAUUCCGUUGUAAAUAUGCUGAUAACUGUUGUUAACAUAUUUGGUACCAAAUGUGGCGGUCAAUGCUGUGAUGAUAAAACGGAGACAUUAUUGAGGAAGCAGGGACAGAAGGACUUUGCCGAUCUUUUACGACACAAUUCAAGGUCGUUACAAGGACUGCUUACGUCUACGGCUACAACUUUACAAAACCACGUAUUCGAAUUGGCACGUCAAUCCGAAAACAAAACCCUCCUCCUAUUCCAACAAGUUUACCGAGGCAUGGCGAGCCUCUCCCGCGCCCCAAUCACCCAAUUAUACAAGGAUAUCCGGAAUUAUAUCUGGAUAAACACGACCGAACCGAAAGCCGUCUUCAACCCCGAAGAUAUAAUCAACAGCGUGAACGAUUUCUUCACGGAAUUGUUCCCGCUGGCCUACCACCAUUCCGCGGACAUAUCCGGCAAAGAUUUCACCCCCAGAUACAAGGAGUGCGUGAAAAAAUCCAUGGAAAGCGUGUCGCCUUUCGCGGAAAUCCCCAAACAAAUCGGAUCGGCUCUGUCGAAGAGCUUGGAGGCCACCAGGCUGCUGCUGCACGCUUUCCGCAUCGGUUCCGAGGUACUCAACACCACCGACACUCUGCUCAUCGACGAACACGGCGGCGAGAAUUCCGAAUGCCACGACGCCCUGCUGAAGAUGACGUAUUGUCCGAGAUGUUUGGGGUUGUUGAAGCACACGAAACCGUGCAGCGGUUACUGUCUCAACGUCUUGAGGGGCUGUAUCACGAAGUACGUCGCCGAACUCGAUCUACCUUGGAACGGAUUCGUCGAAGGCGUCGAGAGUCUGGUCAACGCCAUGAAGAGGAGCGGCUCUGACGCCGACGUCAACGUCAACGCCGUCAUCAAGAAUUUGGACAACAAGAUUUCGACGGCCAUCAUGAAGUACAUGGAAAAAGGGAAGGACAUCGACGUCAAGGUUAGGAAAAUUUGCGGUUCGGCUGAAUUUUCCUCGAAAGAAAAUCCCCUUCUAGCGGAAACCAGCACGGCAGCACCGACGCCGAUGAAUGGCAAACCUCGUAGUACCAAUCCGACGAAUUUUUCACCGUUACCCGAAAACGAACUUUCCCAUUUCUUAUCGGCGAUCGCUAAAACUAAAGGUUUCUACCUUAAUUUGGCGAAUACCCUUUGCCAGGACCCUUCCUUCGCCGAAAGGAAAGACCAGCAAUGUUGGAACGGCGAAAGGAUAGCAGAAUAUACGAAAACCGUGGUCGAAGUAGGCUUCGACAAUCAAAAAUAUAACCCGGAAGUCAGACCCAAUACCGAUACGCAAAACAUCGAUCCCAGAGUAGCGAAUUUAGUCGACAAAUUACGCCGAGUACAUCACAUGGCUAUAAGUUCUGUGGGUCCUAAUUAUUCCGAAUCCGAUAUGCAACGAGACGGUACCGAAGGAUCAGGUUCUGGAGCCGGUCCUGACAUCGAAGACGAAGAAGAUGAAGUGAGAGGAUCGGGAUCGGGCGACGGACCUUCAACUAAUGAUUAUAUUGAAGGCGAACAACGUAACAAUUUGAAUAACGUGAAUAUUAAUAAUAAUCAACCUACAGCUGGUUCGAAGCCGCCGACUACGCACGAUCAACCACCGAUCGUGCACGUGGUGGGCGGUAACGGCAGUAGGAAUUCUCCUACUUCUCUGGUGAUUUUAGUGAUUAUAUCGUGGAAAUGCAGACUUUUUAUGUAAAAAUUAAUUAAUAACAACAGAGAAUUAUAAAUAAAACGGAUACGUGAGUGAAAAAGUGUGGUUAUAAUAGGAGAGUGAUUGAAGUGUCGAAUGUUAUUUAUUUAAAUGGUGCCAUUUUUAUUCUUCUUUUUUUUCGAUCGUAACUUGAAAAAUUCUGCUUGAGAUAACAUUUUAUCUAUAUCGUUAUAACGUGAGGUUAUGUUAUUAUUUAUAAAUGAAAAUAAUUGCUAAUUGGUUAUUGCGUUUUAUUUAGAACAUAAUUUGAUUUAAUUAAUCAACAUAUUUGUCCUUAAUUAAUCAUAUUUCGAUAAAUAUGGUUAUCAUUUAUUAUUUGUUUUUCAUAUAAUGAUGGAAAAAUUAGUUUAGUUAGUUUUAUUUUGAAAAAAUUAUCUCAAUAACUUUCAAAAUUCGAGAAAACCUCAAUUAUCAAACCGUGAAGUAUACAGGGUGUGUGAAUAUAACUAAAAUGUAGUUAAUUAGAAUCGAAAUUGUUUUUGGUUCAUUUUUUACCAAAAAAAUGACUAUAAUUGAGAAAAAAACGGUUUAUUGCAUCAAUACUCUCGAUUAAAACGUCGAAUUGAUGUUUUUAUAACUAAAAAAUCAUUUUUUUUCCAAUUUUCAUAUUUCAGAACCUUGAAACGAACUAAAAAACGAAACAAAUCAUUUUGAAACCCCUUUAGGUCUCUGAAGAUGAUAAAAGUGUUCGAGACGCUCGUUUGAUAGGGUAAUCGUGAUUAUUGGUAUAAUAUACAAUGUGAUUACCAACAACCGAUACCAAAAUUGUUACUUUGUUGAUUUCUGAAGUCCGUUUGACACUAAAAUUGCUCAAAUUUUUAAUAAAACGUAUUUUCAACGAAUUUGUCUUAAUAAAACUUAUUUUUUUUAGAAAAUUUUGUACCUUUAAACACUUGAAACCAGUAGCUCAAAACUUAAUGAGAAAAAAUUUAAGUUACGAUUGAUAAAAACGAGAAAAAAAAACUAUUAUCUAAAAUUUUUAAAAAAAUUUAUGCUAUAAGAAAUUAAUAUAAAUAAAAACGAAAGAAAUUAUACGGGGUCGUUCGUUAAAGUUGAAAUAUCGGUUAAUAACAAUCAGUUAACAAUAAAAAGAAAUUUAUUUAAUGUUACAAUGGGAAUUGGAAGGAGGCACAUCGACGUAAUUAUAAUAAUUAAAGGGUUUAAUGAUAAAAAUUUAGGUAUAUGAGUGUAUGGUACAAAAUAAGAGUGAAAAUAACGAAAUUUUGGAAUUCUAGUGAGGAUUUAUAUUUAAUAACCUUAUUUAUAGAUACAAGAAAUUUUUUGAAAAAUUUCUUGAUAAAUUGAUUUCUGUAGCAUAAAUUCGAAAUGAACUUUCAAUUUUUUUUAUACAAAUAACGUGAAUUUAAUCAAUUUUCGAAUGGAAUUGUAGUUUUAUAACUUCCCCGAAUGUGUAAACUCUUUGUUGUGACAUGCUAUUACUUUAUAAGUAUUAAAAGUUGCCAAUUAUGAUAAUUCUUAUAUCGAAAUAUUAUUAUUUCAUUUUCGAAGUAAAAUUUUUGCAGCUACUUACGAUUUACGAUCAAUACACGUAUACACACAAACAGGCACUUUUUGUAAUCCCGUAAUUUUUCGUUAAAACUUUGUAAAAUAGGAAAAAAACUAUCGAUUUUGAGUUCGUUUAAAUCGAAAUUUAAAAUUUGACAACCAAUUCUAGUCUUUAAUGAAGUGUAUAUUGAAUUUUCAGUGAAAAACGUUACAUUUUAUUAUAAUUUUCUACAUAACCUUAUUAAUUAUUGACAGUUCUGAUUCAUGGCGUCGAUACUAAUCAAAUUAAUAUUAGCUUUGUUCGCGGGUGUCAUUCCGAAUCAGUUCGAUCGCAUACGGACUUUCAAAGUUGUCGAUGAUUCUCUCUCCCGCAAACUACAAGUUCACAUUCGAUCGGUCCUGAUUCGGAAUCGGAUCUGCGAACAAAGCUAUUUUUUAGUAUCAUUAGUGUUAGUUCUGUGAUUGAGAAUCUUGCAGUAUUACACAUAUGAUCGUGCAUUGAAACUAUAAAAAAAGAAGAAUUUAUUAAACGAGGUGAAGUCGAAAGGUUUUUCAUUAAAUACAUUUGAAAUAAAAUUUUUGUUAAUACGUUUAAAUUUUUUCGGCAUACAGAGUGUUUAAUAUUGUCAUUAUAUCAUAAUUAAUAAUAAAUUCACAGUUUGAUAUACAAUAAACAUUAUUGUAUGAGGUAGAUACUUUGAAAUGAAAUUUUCGUUAUUAGUUUUGACUAUUUUCGAUAUACAGAGUGUUUUAGAUUUUUAUCACACACUUUUCAUCAUAACUAACAAAAAAUUCGAAGUUUAAUAUACAAUAAAUAUUAUUAUACGAGGUGGAGUCGAAAUAUUUUCUAUUGGAUACUUUGAAAUGAAAUUUUCGUUAUUAGUUUUGACUAUUUUCGAUAUACAGGGUGUUUUAGAUCUUCAUUACACACUUUUCAUCAUAACUAACAUAAAAUUCGAAGUUUAAUAUACAAUAAAUAUUGUUAUACGAGGUGGAGUCGAAAUAUUUUCUAUUGGAUACUUUGAAAUGAAAUUUUCGUUAUUAGUUUUGACUAUUUUCGAUAUACAGGGUGUUUUAGAUCUUCAUUACACACUUUUCAUCAUAACUAACAUAAAAUUCGAAGUUUAAUAUACAAUAAAUAUUGUUAUACGAGGUGGAGUCGAAAUAUUUUCUAUUGGAUACUUUGAAAUGAAAUUUUCGUUAUUAGUUUUGACUAUUUUCGAUAUACAGAAUGAUUAAUAUUAACAUUACACACUUUAUACGUUAUAAAUAAUUCAUUUGAACAUUAUUAUACGAGGUGGAGUCGAAAGUUUUACACAUUUAGUAUUAUAACUAAAAAUAAAUUAUUGGUAUUCAGUUUUUUCCCUAUUUUACAUUCCCAGUGAACGAAAUCGAUUUUUUUCGUGUUUCUUUUCAAUUAUUUCGAUUGUGUGCGAGUAAGGAUGCGUGUAGAUAGACUUUUAGAUUAUAAUAAUAAUUGUUUAAAUUAUUUUGAGAAUUGUCUGUGAUUGAUCUAUUUUAUUAUUUAAUAAUUAUAAAAUUUAGAUAUCGAAAAAUUCGUUUAUUUCGUUUUAACAAGUUUGACGAACAGAUUUAAACAAAAAAAAUUGAAAAUAUAUGCAUUUAGGUUAGGAAAAAAAUUCGUCUAGCUUGUUAGAGUAAUUUUCCAAUAACGAGGUUUCAUAAAAAAAAAUAAAUUAUAUAAAUGUUGAAUAAAUAAUUAUGAAAUUAUUUAUCUAUGGCCAGUUACACACAGAACAAUACUUGUUAUAUAAUAAUAUAUUUAUUACGAUUAAUUUAAGUAUCAAACUCCCUCUAAUUAUUUUUUUUUUCAACCAAUUUUGAAUACCGAAAUAUCACGAAAAAAAAAAAAUUUUGUGAAACCUUAAAUCUGCCAUUUUGCUGUCUCGUCGUAUUUAUUUUCGUUAAUUUCAAUAUAUAAAUCCCCCCUUUGUACUAAUUGUAUAAUAAAUCGUAUGAAAAAUAUUUAAAACAUACGUUUGGUGUUACUAUAAAUAUUGAUCGCCCCCUGUAAAUGGUUAUAUAAAGAUACCAUGUCUUGUACGUCAUUCAGUCACUGAAUUGUUUAAUAAAAUGACGUAUGUUCUUCUUCUUUUUCUUUUCAUUUCAUAGUUACGAAUAUAUAAAACUUGUUAUAGCUGUGGAAUCAGUAUAUGACGUGUAGAUAGCAGCCAUAUUUAUUUUGUAAGUUUACUUAUAAUUAAUUUGAUUCUUUUCGUAUAUCCAGUAUCAUUUUCGCGAUUUUUUUACAGCUUUUUUAUUAGAUUUUCUCGUAUGACAACUGCAUAUCACUUGUAAGCAAUAAAAAAAAACACAGGAUGGUAUUUAAUUGAAAAAAAUUGUAUUUAUAAACAAAAGUUGUCCAACUAACUAGUCUUUAGCUUUGUAAUUUAUUCUAAAUUUUUUUAUUUUCUGUGUAUUACAUUUUUUUUGGUAGAUAUAAUAUGAAAUAUAUAUAUAGUUGCCUUUUUUA